CAAAUUGCACUGAUGUUUGACCGGUAGCCCCUUUUGUUGAUUUUAUUCGCCUUUGCUCGAUGAAACGGCACCCCCCCCCGCUCAGCAUCAGCGCUGCAUCCCAUCAUCCUUUCCGAUCGGCUAACGCUAAUUUUGAUUGAUUCAGUCACAAGGCACUCGAAGUCACCCUUGUAUGGAUGCUGUUGUCGCUUCUCAACUAUUGGUCUGCGUUCCCUAUCGAGUGGAUGUUUUUCCUCUACUUCACGAUCACAAUAUUCGUACAGGCCUAUAACCUUGGGGCGCCCGUGUUCAUGAUCCUCGUCACCGUGGUAUCUCUCGCCGACAUCAUCAUUUAUGCCUUGGUUCCGUUCAAAGCCACCUCAUUCGCGUCAUCCUUCAUCAUUCACUCGUUUCUCGUCUACGGGAUGCACGGCUUUGGGCUAUCCCCAACUGCGUCCAACGUCCGCGGAUGGCUCCUGCUGGCUAUGAUGGUGUCAAUCCGUCUCUCGACUUGGGAUCCCUGGUCGAUUCAAUCCCCAUCGUCAUUUGUGCAGCUGAUUGCCGCGCAUUCCACCGGAUUUGGGAGCUGCUACUUUGCCUGGAAGUUGACCUUCUUGAUCUACAAGCGCUUCGAUCGAAUCAGCUUCUUCUUUGGAGUCAUCGUCCCCAAUCCUCCUUUCCUCACUAUCAAAGACAUUACUGAUUCGACCUUCAAAAUGGUGUGGUCGCCCGCCCCUGCACAACCAUUUGGCGUGAGUCUUUCAAAGUACUUGAUCGACGUCAACGGCGUCAUAAUCGGGGAGUCUCCGAUCAACGGCGAAAACUGCGCCAUCGUGAUGGGCCUCUCUCCGGAUACCAAAUAUCGCGUUCGCAUGUGGGCGGUGGGUGAAAGGCGCGUCAAGGCAUCGUCAGCACCCGUGCUUGUGCGAACAACGAUCUUGGCCACCAGCAGUCAGGCUCCUGGGGAAGCUGCGCCAAAAAUUGCCCAACAGACCGAGGAGACGUCCGCUCCUCAGCCAAGUGAAGGCACGGUGUCCACUUCCGGUAAAUCUGAAGCCAACCACGCAGAUGAUGCUCUGCUCAACCAACUUAUUGAGCAGCUACAGUCGGAACUUGAGAUACUACAGCGCCAGCAGCUGGAGCUCGAAAAAACCGUGCAAGAGACCGAGGAACAGUAUCGCCAAGAGGAAGAGACCCUCAAGAUUGAGAUCGUCCGCCUGAAGGAAGCCAGGAAGCUCAACGACUUCCCGCGUCAGGAACAAAAGGCAAGGCUCAAGCAAAUGGAAGACGUUAAAAAAGAACUUGAUGGACAAUAUGCCCGCCUCGAAAAGCACCUCGGUCGCGAAUCCGAAUCCAUGCAAGGCGUCGUCCAAAUGGCCAACUACCGUAAAGAGGAACUCGCGUCUCUUGAGUCCGAAUUGCGCACCCUUGAGCGACAACACCAUCUCGCUCAAACUGAGCUUUCGCGCGAAAGAAUGGAGGUGGAAGCAGAGUUAUCACGCCGGCGCGACGAGCUCCACAAAGCCAAGCAAAUCACUGACCAAGAAGAGCGCGAUGCUGCCGCCACCAAGAAGCGGCUCUCAGAACGAGAGUCGCUGCUUGAGAAGCUCGAGAGCGAGGUCAAAACCAUAUGCACCCUAAGCAGCAACUACGAGAAGCGCAAAAAGUUGAUUGAAAAAGAGCAAGAGCAGGUAUAUGACGAGUUUGUCGUAUUGCAGGAGGAGUUUCGCGAUCUACAGCAUCAACUUCGGGUCGAGACCAAAUCCAAGAUGACUCUUCUCGAACAACUGACCCGCUCCCGGAGGGAAGCCAUGGAGCUCCGAAGCCGCUCCGGUGGGGUCAGUGGCCGCAACUAUUACAGCGAAGCUGAUGGCGAAGACCAAUCCAAGAAAGUGAGUGCCCGCUCCCCGGAACCCGCCAAGGACUACUACAGCGACUAUCGGUCAUUUUCAUCGCCACGGACCGCAAAUCGCUACUCGGCACAUCAUCCAAUGACCCCCUUGCAGCCUUUCGGAGGAACGUCUUCAGCGUUCGCCCGGGCCGCUCCUUCAUGGAGCCCCUCCACUGGCGCUGCUCCGUUUGGAAGCGAUUCCUCCUCUCACUUUGAUCCAUCCAAAUGGACUACCGUAUCGAUGCCUACGAAUGUGGAUGAGCCACUAUUGGAUGCGCCCUCGAUCGCCGGUUCCGAACGACGGUCGCAUCGGGGAGCUCUGGAAGGACAGAGUAGUCCCGAUGCCGUAUCCGGUACUGUUCAACACCCAGAACCCAACAAAGACAACGUCUUCACUUCCGAAGCGAAGCCGCUGCUUCACGUUGUCGCCCCUCCACCCGCCCGCCCUGGUUCGACUCGUAGCCAAGGUGAAACGGACCAAUCGCAGCCAAGCCUAGCCCACGCUCGUUCGCUCCAUGGGUCGCUGCUCUUUGGCCACCAUUUUUAUGGUGAUAGCGGCUCUCUUCCCCCGCCAGUCUCCCCAGCAAAUGGUGCCCGAGGACUUUUUGGAAGUAUUCGAGAGCCCGGUCGAUACGAGGAUAUGGUCCUCAUGAAAAACGCAUUGAAUGGCAAGUCCACCAUGACCGUCAGCGACGGCGAACUCUGGGAGCCAAAGCCCCCUCUCGGCUUGGGCCGGGUCUUUCUUUCUGGAACCUCGCAGGGUAGUGCCGGAUCUGCUGCAAUGGAAGGCUCGUCAUCGGUCGGGGCGCCAUCUUCUUGGUAUGGAAGGACGGGCACAAGCCAUACCCGUGCCGUCGGAAGCGGUCGGGUUACUGCUCAAGUGUCAGACCAGAGUCUGCAUAGCAGAUAUAAGGGCGGUCCGGAGCCCUCGUCAACCCGUAAAUCCUUUGUUGGUCUUGGAGGAUUUUUCGAUCCAACCUGGAGCGACCGAUGAGCGCCGGAAUCCACCGCGUGGACCUUGGUGAGCACUGAACAAUGACAGGAUUUCAGACCUCUCCUCCCGACAAGAAUGCCGUUCCUCCCAGUGUUGAAUACUGCUCAUAAUCUUCUGUUUCUUGAAUAUAUUGCGACUUUACUGUUGCCAUCAAGGG